CAUCAACUUUUCCUUGCGAACUUGUGAUGUAAUGUUUCAGUGAAUGGUGCUAAUGCAAAAAGGUUCAUUAGUCUCAUACGGCAACUGCAGCUCCAGUCCUUCAUUGUUUGGUCCAAUUAUGAACAAGUGCUUUUAUUCCAUUUCUGUCUAUACUAUGUCUAUUGUUUCACUCCUAUGUCCCAUCUGUCCCUAAGUCACUUGCAGAAGCCAAACGAAAAUCAUAUACUAAAUAUCAUUUUUUUGCUUUUCUUCUCUGCGUAAAUCUGGUGUUUUUCAUUUCAAUUGAACUUCUUUAGUAGAUCCUUCCUUUCUUUCUUCUUUGUAGCCAUGAUAUGAUAUGACUCUGGCGGGAGCAUGUUUUUGAAUCUGAAACGUGGUUUAAGUUUACCCGUGCGGUGAUAAUGAUCUCUGGGAAUGCCUUAACUGUUGCGUUUUGCGUUGUGAUAUUAUCUCCUCCAUUAUAUUCCAAGUCAAAAACCUUUUUUUUUCUCUCUUAAUUAGAUCGAGCUUUGAUUGCUAUAAAAAUUUUGGAUAAACAUGGCGCUUUUGGAUCUCUUCAUUGCUUCAUCAAUUCCGGUGUUGAAAGUGCUAAUGAUAACUGGACUGGGAACAUUUCUUGCUUUAGAUCGCGUGGAUAUCUUGAAGGGUGAUGCUAGGAAGCACGUAAAUAAUGUUGUGUUCUACGUAUUCAGUCCGGCCCUCGUGGGCACAAAACUUGCUGAAACGAUUACAUAUGAGAGCAUAGUGAAGAUGUGGUUCAUGCCAUUAAAUAUUCUCAUCACGUUUAUAAUUGGCUCAAUGCUUGGAUGGAUUCUUGUUCAACUUACAAGGCCUCCCUCACACCUACGUGGCCUCAUUGUGGGUUGCUGUGCUGCUGGGAAUUUAGGGAACAUGUUGCUUAUUAUGAUCCCAGCAAUUUGUAAAGAAAAAGGAAGUCCAUUUGGAGCUCCCGAUGUCUGUCAGUCAUAUGGAUUGGCUUAUGUUUCACUCUCAAUGGCGAUAGGAGCUGUUUAUCUAUGGACUUAUGUGUACAAUAUUGUGCGGAAAUCUACAGCCGGGACAGGAAAAGAAUCUCCAGGAGAAACCUGCACAGAACCGCUGCUUCCUUCGAAGGAGUCUUUGCCAUAUGAAAACCAUAUCCAUGAAUAUGCGCUGCCUGUCUCUAAAUCAGAUGGCCAACCUGAGGACUUUCCCUCUUAUAAGCGACUAAUAAGGACUGUGCUUGGAAGUAUUGGAAGUAUUAAUUGGAAGACAGUAUUUGCACCUUCCACCAUAGGAGCGAUUGUUGGAUUCGUAAUCGGACUCGUUCCGUAUAUCCGCAAGUUACUGAUUGGGGUUGAAGCUCCUCUUCAUGUAAUUCGUGACACUACUUCCCUGCUGGGAGAAGCAGCCAUCCCAACUCUCACUCUGAUUCUUGGGGGGAACCUUCUGAAAGGUUUGAAAGGGCAAGGGAUACAAAAGUCUGUACUUUUUGGUAUCAUAGUUGCUCGUUAUAUUGCAUUGCCCCUUAUUGGCAUUGUCAUUGUUAAAGGAGCUCUCCGUUUUGGUUUUAUUCCUUCGGAUCCUUUGUAUCAAUUUGUUCUUCUGCUGCAGUUUGCAGUUCCACCUGCUAUGAACAUAGGUGUUAUCACUCAGUUGUUUGGAGCAGGUGAAACUGAAUGUUCUGUAAUUAUGUUCUGGGCCUACGCUUUGGCUUCCGUUUCACUUACUCUUUGGUCAACAAUUUUUAUGUGGCUAGUAGCUUAGUUCUGGUAAUAAUUUUUUAUAUGUGCUUAAUUAUUGUUCUACAGCAGUCAAUUUUGAACUUUUUAUUUAUUUAUUUAUUUUUUUGCCCCUGAACAUAGUGAGGAAAUUUCAACAAA